AAAAGAGCUGCCGCCAUGACUUCGACAAUACAGGCUGGUGGGUGGGCUUCCCUGAAGCUUUUCCAGAGUGUUGGAAGCCUGGUACUGUUGCUGCUAACACCAGGUCUGUGUGAUGACUGUGUACGAGAGUGUCAUUAUGGUGAUUACCGCAUCUGCACGUACCAGUUCCACGUACAGGAGUACCACACAUUGAGUCGUGCCUGCUACCAGUGUCCAGACAAGGCGGCAGACUGUUACCGUCAGGACUGUAUACCUGCUGACGGUGUGGCAAGGCCUUUACUGGCCGUCAACCGUCAGCUUCCCGGCCCGGCUAUACAGGUGUGUGAGGGAGACCGGGUGGUAGUGGAUGUGUUCAAUGAUCAGCUGUCAGACACAGAGACCAUCCACUGGCAUGGUCAUCACAUGCGACGCUUCCAGUACUACGACGGUGUUCCAUUCAUCACACAGUGCCCCAUCCAGAAGUUCUUCCGCUAUGACUUCCUCGCUACCACACCUGGCACCCACUGGUGGCACUCUCAUACCGGAGUUCACCGCGCUGAGGGAGUGUUUGGUGCCUUUGUGGUACGCCAGACACAGGACCUUUAUCUUGAUACCUACGAUGUUGACAGUCCUGAUCAUGUCCUCGUCCUCCAGGAUUGGCUCCACAAGUCAGCUCUGGAUAAAUUCUCUGGGCGUCACCACCACACUCAAGACGACUUUGCUAGCGCCAUCCUCAUCAACGGCAAGGGCAGGAACUACACUAAUCAGGAUGAGGAUGGUGAAGUGACAACUCCGCUGGAGGUGGUGACGGUGACGCCAGGGCUACGUUAUCGUCUGCGUCUUAUCUACGCCGGGGGACUGAACUGUCCCUUGGUCGUCUCCGUCGACGAUCACAGACUUACCAUCAUUGCAACCGACGGCCAGAACAUCGUCCCAGUCACUACUGACUCUCUUGUUAUGUAUUCAGGUGAAAGAUUCGACGUGGUGCUGGAGGCCUUCCAACUGGUCGACAACUACUGGAUCAGGGUGAAUGGCCUUAUCGACUGCGAACAGAACCAGUGCGUGCAAGGAGCGGUGUUGCAUUACGAAGGUGCCCCAGAGAGAUACCCAACUUCCCCUCUCUUCUAUAACCCCAACUACCCACCAGGAGCUGUGGUCAAUCCUCUCAACUCUGGAGGAGCUUCCGUGGAGGAGAUGACUAUGGUCGAACUGGACGCUCUCAAUCCCAGCAUCUUGAGAGAGGAGGUUGACAGGCAAUUCUUCCUCGCCUUCAACUUCAAUCAGAUCAAUAACACUUUGUUAUACAACCCUGGUUUCUAUCCCUACAACGGAGUCUCGGAUGAGUGGCAGAUCAACACACCACAGAUUAAUCACAUAUCUUUCAUGUCUCCAUCGUCACCUCCGCUUUCUCAGCCGCUGGACCAGCAGGCCUUCUGUUGCUACGACCAGGAGCCACCAUGUGAUGGGGACUACUGCAGCUGCACGUACGUCUUGGAGGUGGCACUGGGGGAGACGGUGGAGAUGGUGUUGGUGGACGAGGGCACCAUUGGUGACGAGAAUCAUCCUUUCCACCUUCACGGCUACAACUUCCACGUUGUUGCCAUGGAGCGCCUCGGCAGUGAGACAACAGUUGAAGAGGUCAAGGCUCUGGACGCCGCCGGAGGCAUUAGGCGUAAGCUGAAGAACGCCGUUAAGAAGGACACAGUAACCAUCCCUGACGGAGGCUACACCAUCGUCAGAUUCACUGCUGACAACCCUGGUUGGUGGCUGAUGCACUGCCACCUUAAUUUCCACUCGGAGCUCGGCAUGGUCGCCGUGCUGCAUGUUGGUCAAACUAGCGACCUGCCUCCUGUCCCUCAAGGUUUUCCAAAGUGUGGUAACUUCGCACCAGAUCUGUGAGGUUACCUGUCCUAAAAUAAACCACCACCACCUUCCCUUGCAUGUCAGAAGAAUUGAUAGGGAACAGCGUAGUAAAGAAAGCAAAUGCCAGACUGAAGUUCCUUUACAGACAAGCACAGUGUCUACCUACUGAGGCUCGCGGGACUCUAUGUCUAGCCCUUAUACAUUGUCAUAUGGACUACGCUUGCUCUUCAUGGUACUCUGCCUUGAUAGACUGCAGAGAUAGACUGCAAAUCACCCAGAACAAAAUGGUAAGAUUCAUUGGAACCAAAGCAAUCAUAGUACUAGGGGGAGAGAGCACAACUUUUUAGUACCCACAGUCAAUUGCCAGGCUUCAAACACCUUUUAUUGUACAGGAAUAUAGGAAUGGAGCAGACUGCCUGCACAUGUCAAAGCCAGUCAUAGCAUGAACCAGUUCUAAUGAAUGUAGCGACAAAAAAGGAGGAGAAUGAUUUUUUAUUUUUUUUUAGCUAACACACAUUACCUUAUUCCUAGAAUAUAUUUUUAGAGUAUAAUAAUAAGAUAUUAUCUCCUUUAUAGUAUAAUAAUAAGGUAUUAAAAGGACCCCAAUGGAAAUAAUGCUGCUGUGUACGAUAAUAUAUGUAACCGUAUUGUGUAUACCUAAAUAAACUUACAUUCUUUCAUGCCAGCAAAUGUAUUCUCUUAUCUCUGGAGGCUCUUGCAUUUCCAUAUCAUCCUGAAGGCCCUCAUUAUUUCUAGUUUGUAGUGAUGGAUAAGACAUGGGCAACACUAGGCAAUAUACCUUAUUUUUGCACAUGUGUCUUAUUCAUAAAGUUGUCGGUAUUUUGUGCCAUCAGUAAUAUAAACUUUGUAAUAUUUAUAUCCAAUGGUUUACUGAUUCUUAGUUUUUGCUAGCGCGUCGGUCGGGAGUUUAAUGACUCUCUGAUCGCGGGUUCUAUCCCCGCCCGUGGUAUGGUUUUUUCAUGAGCCCUUAUUGUGCCCCCUGAAUGGGGCCCAAUGUUUAUAGUGUAUAUUUAUGUAUAUUUGAUGUAUAUUAUCUUUCAUGUAAUUAUAUAUUGCUGAUAUUUUUAUUAAUAACUAAAAUAAAAAUAUCUUGCUUUAUACUGUUAUUUGACUUAGCUAUGUCAUUAGGUAGGAUGUAACAUUUACACUUCACCGUGCUCACUGUUUGGGAGUUGUGGUUGGCUGUCCGCCAUCGCAAACUGCCUUUCUAACUAUCGCUCGCUUGUUUUGUGUCAGGCUGCACCUCGCACUAUUGCUGAGUAGCACGGGCAAGUCACGUGAUCUCACCUGAUUUGAGGCCUGUAGUCGAGAAAUCUUUCUCUCUCCAUAGCUGGUCAUCGCUCGACCACUACCUCUCUCUCUCCAUUUAUCCACGGAACUCUCUCGUCUUUGGCUGUUUGUUCGUUAUUUAGACUUGGUAGAGUAAGAUUUCGUUGGUGAGCCGAAACACACUUCGUGUAUCUCUGUGUAACUCUGUUCAUAGAGCAUAGUUCAGAAUCAUUAAUUUUUGACGUUAUACUGAGGUGUGUCGUACGGACACUCUAAGUCUACUCAGGUCCCAAGCUAAAGCUUCUGACCUAGUUUGUGUGGCAUCUACGCACCGUCGUAGUCGGGGAUUUGGUUAUGCUGAACUUAGAUUCAGUAUUAAGGGUGUUUUACGACUUUCAUGGAGGAUCUGCUGAUGAUUCCCAAUUAGGGUCGUUAUUUUGUCUCCUUGUUCCUGACUACUGCUGCUUGUUACGUUAUUACUGUUGGCGAAUGAUUCGUCAUAUUGUUCAAGCAAGCGGUGUUAAUAGCCUAGUUGGUCAAGAAGAUAGAUUAUUUGAGGACCUUUAGUCAGUCACUGUUUAUGUCUAACUCAAGUCGAAUCUUACUGAGACAUAACGAGCACUUUGAGCACACACGCACACAUUUACACACACACUUGUAUAUACUAGUAAUUUUAUAAUUGAUGAUAACGUACCAGACGGUACUUAAGAGUCGUACUGUUACGAAAUGUGCCUUCAGCACUUUACUACUAUAUGUACAAUUUAACUUUACACUACAAGAGAAGUGUAGGAUCUUACAUCCUAAAUUAUAUCAAAUUCCUUUACUUUCAUUUUGUCCAUCUAGACAACCCUGUUAAUAAACUUCUCAAUUUUUA